AUGGCGGGUCUCCAUCAAAACACGGAAUCUGUGGAAACUGUUUCGUCCGGAUUGCAAGAGACCAUUGUUGAAGGCACAGCAGACACUGUUGUAACCGAUGCUCCCACUUCGAAGCCUGUGGCAAAUGAGGGGUUGAACCAACUAGUCACUCCACCAAACCAGCAUCGAUCCGCAGAUCCCUCUAACUCAGCCACCUCGGAAGGACCAAAGUGCGAGCAAGAUAGCCUGGCCCAACUACCUGAUGAGACAAAAAGCAAGCCGGAACCAGUGUUCAAGAAGCCAGCGAUGAAACACUCUCAUCAACAAAACCAUCCGAACGGACACCUUAAGGCGGAUUCGAGUGAUGUGGCUUCCGAUAAGGACGCAUGGAAAGAUACAGCACCUAAGCGGUUCGUUCAAGAUAUUCUUCGCGUAACACCGUACAAUCGAGAGGCCAAAAAGGCCUUCCACAGCCUGAUUGAGAGUGUCCAUGAAGGGAAAUUGUCCAACCACCAUGCCCAGUACAUAGUGAGCACAGGUGAGGGUAUACUCGAGUGUUCUCAGCUAGCUCCAGGAGUCUCAAGCGGUAAAGAAGGGGAGGACAAAGGAGAGAACGAAGGGGAAGCAGACCUAGUGAUCAACACCGGCUAUUUUCGAAUAUCACUCCCAAGCGCGCGCUCUACGGCCCAUUUAGCUUGGGCCCUAGGAUCGGACUUGGGCAAAGCAGACAAUGAGAAAUCAAGCGUUGACUUAUUACUGGCAGCACCUGGGUCGGAGUUCGAAAAGACCGUUGCUGCCGAACACGCUUGUAUCGCCCUCCACGAAGUGUCUGGGGCGUUUAUGAUCAUUUCUAAAUCUCUAGUUCGAUUGAACUCUGAUACCAUUGAGCCGUUACCUCUCGAGCCCUCAGUCGGACAGGCUCCUUACUCAAAUUGA